GUGAGCAAUGUGAAUUCAACAAUAGCAGUUCAAAAUAACAUUUUUGUCAGUGGUUUUGUGAGAUUGUUUGUCGUGAUUCCGGGUUUUGAGUUGAUGUUGUCCGAUUAGAAGUGACUUUUGGCCGAGAAGAUGCUCACUGAUAUGACUCCCACGGCGGGGCAGCUGUAUGGCGCGCAGAUACCCGCCAUGACCAUGAAUGUUAAAACAGCUGACCAUCCCAGUCUUAGAGGGACUCCGCUGGCAAUGCUAGCAGCUCAGUGCAAUAAGCUCUCGAGCAAAUCCCCUCCCCCAUUAGCCGACGCAGCAGUAGGAAAAGGUUUUCAUCCUUGGAAGAAGAGUCCACAAGGAGCUCCAUCUCCAGGCAGUACCUGCGUUUCAUCGUCUAGUUCUUUAUCAUCACAGAGAUCAUCUGCAUCUAAUCCAACGUACUCGAGAUCAGUAAUGACUUCUUGCUCGAGCGUUCCCACAACUGCUUCCUAUGGAAGUGAUCUGUAUUUCCCUGGUGCUACUACUCAACCAGCUGUAGCGGAUAAUUCGCACGUCCACCACCAUCAGAGUUCGUUGUUAGGUAAAGUAGAGGGUGCUGCUACUGCUCAUCACGCAGCGUUAGGAUCAGUAUAUUCCAGACAUCCAUACGAAACCUGGCCUUUUAAUACGAUGUCUAGUGCAACACACCAUACCGGAAUAAAAAGUGAUUCGGUAGCUUCGGCAAACGCAUGGUGGGAUGUUCACUCAACAGCAGGCAGUUGGUUAGAUAUGAGUGGUGCAGCUGGAAUGCAUGCACAAAUGGCAGCUGCCAACUACUCCCCAGAUUAUUCUAGUUUAACUCAUUCUUUGGCUGCAUCUAAUCACUUAUUAUCUUCUGGACAACAUCUUUUACAAGAUACGUAUAAAUCAAUGUUACCUGGUGCUCAAUCCGUAGGAGCUUCAUUUGGUUUGCAUGCACCUGGUUCGACACCUUCACCAACAGGUGGUACUGGCGGUUUACCUCCUCAAGUACCAUCUCCUAGGUCUCAAAGAAGGUAUACAGGAAGAGCAACGUGCGACUGUCCAAAUUGUCAGGAAGCCGAAAGACUAGGUCCAGCUGGUGUUCAUCUAAGAAAAAAGAAUAUCCAUAGUUGCCACAUACCAGGUUGUGGAAAGGUAUAUGGUAAGACGUCUCAUCUAAAAGCACACUUGAGGUGGCACACUGGCGAACGACCUUUCGUAUGUAAUUGGCUGUUCUGCGGAAAGAGGUUUACACGGUCUGAUGAGCUGCAAAGGCAUUUAAGAACACACACAGGAGAAAAAAGGUUCGCUUGUCCUGUAUGCAACAAACGAUUCAUGAGAUCUGAUCAUCUAGCCAAACAUGUGAAAACUCAUAAUGGUAACGGUAAAAAAGGUAGUUCAGAUAGUUGUAGUGAUUCAGAAGAAAAUAGUCAAAGUGAUUUAACGAAUAACGUAAACUCACCUGCUUCAAUGAACCAAACUCCACCGCCUCCAACAAACAUGGGGUUGGACAUGGUAACGGGGUUGGAUGUUAAGCCACCGGGAUUAGUUUGAGGCAGGUGGGGCCCUACGCUGUUGUACCCCAGUUAUCCCCGCUAGCGUGCGGCCCCCCAAAAGUGAUAUUGUUAUAAAGUUUUGUAAAUAAAAUUCUGUGAAUGGAAAACAUUUAUAACGACAGUGCUGGCCAUUGCUUUGUAAAAAUUGAUACUAACUUAAUUUCUGGUAUACAGCUGAUUGUUUUAGCUUUCUUUGAUCUGUCUACUUUGGUUUGAUAGUAACGGUGAAUAGUGUAGAGUACGAAGUAUUAAAUAGUUCGUGGAUGUAAUUGUGAACUGAAGAAAACAAUUAUCUAUCGUAUUCAUAUUUUUCAUCGGCAUAUCAUCAUUCUGAUUUUAGUAAAGCUUUUUAAAUCUUUGUUAAAAGAUCUUGGCUAUCCUACAAAAUAGUGGAACGUGUACAUAGCCUCGAAUGAAACUCCACGGCAGAGCCUAUUUUACUUCGAAUCAGGCCCGAGGCACUACACAAUGCUCGGUCCCCUAAAUAUAAUUUAAUAAUAAUAAUAACUUUUUUAAAUGUAUUAAUUAUUUAAUAGAAAUAUAGUUGCACAAGAAAAUAAAAUUUUUAUUAACAAUAAAUAAAAUUUAUACUUAAAUAAUUAAACAUUGUUUAAACUUUUUACGCGCAAACUUGCGGCUUCAAUGCUAUUUAAAUGCAUUCGUUUUUUUCGAAGCCUGAGAAAACUAAUAAGUAUUUUUGAAAAAUUUAAACGCAGCAGAAUGAAAGAUUACGUCCGAGGGCCGAAAGUCCCUGAAAUCUUCGAUAAUGUUUAUUUUAAUAAGUUACAGGGGUGAAAAAAAGAAGAGAAAAUUGAGUGGGAUUUUUAAUUUUAAAUAUGUAUCUUAUUCAAAAGAAACUUUUUAUUUAUUCAAGGGACAUUCGGCCCUAGAUAAUAAUGUAAUCUUUCAUUCUGCGUCUAAAUUUUUAAAAAAUAUUUAUUAGUUUUUUGAGGAUUCGAAAAAAUUAAUGCAUUUAAAGAGCAUUGAAAUUAUCAGAGCAUUGAGGUUAUCAUUUUUAUCAUUUCCUGUUCGUAAUAUGAAAGAAUUUUGAAAAUUUGUUUUGUUAUUGUAAUAAACAUGUUUUGUUUGGUGAUCUUUCCGGGCCCCAUUCAAAUACGGGCCCUAGGCAGGUGUCUCACGGGCCUAGUGGUAAAAUGGGCCCUGCUCCACGAAACAAAAUAUUGGUGUUUCGCAUUGUUGCCAUUUGUCAUUCUCAAGAAUAUGUUAUAUGUAAUAUACUUCUGUUAAUUUUUCUUCUUUAUGGGAACAAACGCUCUGACCUUCAGCACUUAUCCAUUCCCAUACGUUGACCGAUAAUCCUCCACUAUUUAUUAAAUGAUGAGUAUAGGUACCGUUCAUCAAACCUGUGAUUUCUCGGCCUAUAAACUCUUAUUCGACCAUUGCUAUAUGAUUGAAACACUUUUUCAUCGGAAAAUGUAACUUUCAACCAAAAGUUGUCUUCACGACUUAUGAAUUCAUUACAAAAUGCAACUAAUCUCCUCUUGAGAUCCUCAAUCAAAAAACGUUUCCAUGCUGCUGCACAAUUUAUCAGUUUACUCGCUUUAAUCCUUCUACAUGCAGUGCGAAUCUGCCUGUCUCUUUGCUAGCUUGUCAAGCUGUGGCAAAAUGAAUUUCUCUCAGAUGAUAUACUACAAUAACACCUCAUAUUGUUGCUCUAUGUAGAUCUUCGGCCUAAUUGAACCACCCAACCGUGUUAUAGAGUGAAAAUGGCAACUGAUAGUUUGAGAGUUCCGACUCUAUUGCGUAAUCUAAUGUAUGAAAGGGUAAUUGCCAAAAAAUUCUAACAAUUAACCACAAUUUAUAUCGAAAGAAAGAAACAAUAAUUAUUCGUUUGUGUUUUAUAUCAAUUAAAAAAUUGCAGAAUACAUAAAAUGCAGAAUACAAUAAUUUAAAAUGUACUUUGUACUUAAAAGCUUUCUCUAUUUAUACUCGUAUUUGAAACAUACAACAAAGGUAUGUAAUACAAGGACAAUUACAAGGAAAAUUAUUUUGUUCCGUGGAAGUUCAUUCGAAGCUACUAGACCUGGAUCCCGCGUACCAAAAAAAAGUUGAUUAAUUAAAUAGCAAGCUGAAAAUUUGUUAAUAGCUUAACGGUGUCUAGUCGGACAAACUUUGAUGUAUGGGAACACUGGAACAGGGGAAGUUUUAAUUGUGGAACAGGUUAAAAAUUACGAACGUCAGCCUACGAAAACGUUCCAUGUAUUUUGUUGGAUAGAACUUCCAAUUGAUUUGUUACCAUUUCAUUAAACUCUCAUGCAAAAAUCACACUGGUGUUUAUCACCAACUGAACACUUUAAUGAGUGGAACACUUAAAAUAUGUCAAAUGACAGGAAUCAUGUUGGUUAGUAACAGCAGUCUGAUUUUUGCAUGAGAGUUUAAUGAAAGGGUACAAAUCAAUUGGAUGUUCUGUCCGACAAAAUACAUGGGACGUUUUCGUAACCUAACGUUUCAAAUUUUUAAACUGUUUUACAAUUAAAACUUCCCCUGUUCCAGUGUUCCCGUACAUCAAAGUUUGUCCGACUAGACACCGUUAAGCUAUUAACAAAUUUUCAGCUUGUUAUUAAUCAACUUUUUUUUUCAUACGCGGGAUCCAGGUCUAUACGCAUAAUAUGUUCACAUUGCACUAUUUUGUAUUGUAGUCAAGAUUUUUCAUAAAAUGAUUAUAACAGAUAUAAUUUCUGUAUAAAGCUAUCUUAACAUAUUUCAACAAAGUUUUAACAGCAGCAGUAAUUUUUUUAAAUGUAAUUUUCUAUCCGUACUGUUUAAAAGUAACGAUUUGAUAUACUUAGUCCGAAAAAAUUAAGCUAUUACUAACCUGCGAGUUUUUAACCAAAUGACGUUUCAAAUUUUUGAAAAUCAUUUAAAGAUUCCAAUUGACUUGUAAAAUACUAAUUUGCAAUAAGUAACGGGUAAUUGCAUUUUUUUUUGGUUUUGAAAGGACUAGAGGUGCAACUAGUGAUACAUUUCUGGAGUCGUCUUUACACAUUAGUUAUAAAACAAUGUUUGCCACUUUUAAACAACGUUUUAAAAUACCUCUUCAGGAUUUUUUGCAGGGUAUCAUAAUACAGACUGUUCGGUUUUUGAUUAGAUAUAAGGCACUGGUGGAAACUCUAAAUUCGCUAAAACAUUGCUGUCUAAUUGUAUACAUAUUUUAUUUGUUAAAGAUGUUCAAAAUUUAUCAACUCGUUCCGCUAGUAAUAAUAUUUUAUUAAAAUCACUUUAUCAAUUUUUCUAUUUUCUCGAUUUAUUAUUUUUUAUUUCAUAGUAGGUAGGUAUAUGUAUAAAUAAUUGUAAUCACUGAAUACAUGGUUAGUGAAAAAUAAUCCUAUUAACUAAAUCAUUGAAUUAGCUAAGCGAUUAUGCAAGUAACGAUUAUCCAAGUAUUUUCAAAAACUAAACGAAAUAGCCAUCUCUAUUUUGCUUGUAAAAUUGAUACUCUGUCGUUGAUAACUAAUUACAACUAUAAUGUUGUAUGUUGUGUACAACUACACUUGCUAAUGUUUACGUCUAGCGCGCAGUGUUGCCAUUUAAAGGGUGUAUAUCUAAUUUAAAUCCAAACAGUCUAGUAAUACAAUCCAAACAGUCUAGUAAACAAUAUAGUAAACAAAGUGUUUGAUUUUACAAUUGAAUGACUGACGCUGUCCCUAAAGAACUAUUACUAUGUGCUUAUGUUAUUGUAAAUAUUAAAUAUAAAAAUUUAUGUGUAAGUAUAUGGUGAAUGAGAAACGUGUUUUAUAAAUGUCACAUAUCAAGUUUAACUUCUUUCGUAAUAUUUUCUUUUAAAAAUCUAGAUUUUCUUUGAAAGCGGUGAGAAAACUUUUAAAAUGCUUUUAUAAUGUAUGUUAACUAUAAAACCAAUUUUGUUAGAUAUUUCAUUUUUUUAAGUUCUUCCAAGAUAUCCCUGAUCUUCGUUCUACAUCUUAUCUCGGUGUUUCUGACCUUGUCUCUCAGCGAUAUUCUAAGCAUAAUUCGUUCCAUUUUUUUGCGUUGUUUCUAGUUUUUAGCAGAUUUUCUAGUAAGGGCUACGGUCUCUAGGCCAUAGGUUCAAACUGGUAGUGUGCAUGGUGUUAUAAACCUUUUUCUUUAAGUCUAUGGGAAUAAACGUGCUUUUAAAAGACGUGGAAAGUCGUGUUCUUUUAAUUUCAGCAUCUUGAUUUGGUUAUCCCAGCUAGAUGGCAUGGCCCAGAUAUACAUAUUGUUCAACAUUUUUCUAUGGUAUGGCUUUGUAUUGUUAUAUUUGUCUGGUCUCUGGUCCUCGGUUAUUAUUUUUGUUUUACUGUAGGUAGUCCAUUUUUAAGCCUACCGCCCCGGAAACUUCAUUUAAUUGUUGUAACAUUUCAUUUAAUUCUUGAGUAUUAUCUUCUAUUAUUAAGAUCUGCAAAUCUCAAAUAGUUUAAGUAUGACCCGUCGAUGUUUAUACUCUAGUUAUUCCUCUAAUUUGUUAAAAAUAUCUUCUAGCGCAAGGGUGAAAAGUUUGGGAGAAAUGGUGUCUCCUUGUCUCACUCCCAUUGUAGAUUUAUGGGAAAACAAUGCCAGAUAUUUGUAAAUGUCUAUCUCUAAGUUGUGAUAAUAUUAAAAUUGUAAUCACGCAUUGUUAGCAAUAGUUAUCUGCAUAAAUAAGAUUUCUGUUACAUUCAUCUUCAAAAACUGACAUAAAGUCAUAGUGCUUGUAUUGUACGUUAUUUUUGUGUAUACAAAGAAAUUAGCAGUAACUGUAAUUAGCUUCAUUUUCAAAAGUUAUAAUAAAAUUUUUCUCACCUUAGCGAAACGGUUUCGUACACAAAUGUUUCUCUUUGCCAAAGAGUCUGUAUUUUCUGUAAAUUGUAAACUAUAUCUGUAAAUUAUUGUCUAAGAGCUUUUGUGAACACGUUGAGUAUAAAAAUAUAAUUCUAAAUCUGGAAAAA